AUGCAGCUACAUGAGAGACCAAAAAUGAAAUUAUGGGUGAAUGGUAAGAGUUUUGAAGGAAUCCUGGAUACUGGAGCAGAUAUAAGCAUUGUUUCCUCCUACUGUUGGCCCCAUGAAUCGCCUCUUAAAAGGUCAGAUAGGUCUCUUUUAGGCCUGGGGUACAAUUCUAACCCUGAAAUAAGUACCAAAAUUUUAAGCUUCCUGACCUCGGAAGGCCAACGGGGAACUUUUAGGCCUCAUGUGUUGCCACUGCCCGUCAAUUUAUGGGGCAGAGAUAUUAUGCAACAACUGCAAUUGACCCUUUCCAAUACCCCUACUUAUUCUCAACAAGCUCAGAAUAUGAUCAUGCAGAUGGGCUAUGUCCCAGGCAGAGGCCUGGGAAAAGGCCUACAAGGCAUUAAAGAACCAGUUCAGAUGAACCCUAAUAACAACCGUUCGGGGCUGGGUUUUUCCUAA